UUUGUAAAAGUCUUGAUUAGAGAUAUUUCUCAUCCAAAUAUUGUGAAAAUGGAUGCUGGAUUUUCUUCAUACCAUAAUGGUGGUCCUACCAGGGAGCAGGACUUUGGUAGAUUAGCUCAGACAGUUGGAACAUCGAUAUUAAAAAUAUCACAAAAUGUAUCCUCAAUACAAAAAAUGGUUAAUCAACUUGGAAGUUCAACGGAUUCGCAAGAACUUCAACAUCAGCUUCAUCAAAUACAACAUUAUACCCAACAACUUGCAAAGGAUACCAGUGGACAUGUUAAAGAAUUGUCGAUAUUGGCAAAUAAUUCAGGGUCUACUAGUCCCAGUGAACAUCGACAGUACAAAAUGCAAAAAGAAAGACUCCAAGAUGAAUUUAUGACGGCGCUCCAUAAUUUUCAAACGGUGCAAAGGUUAGCUGCAGGAAAGGAAAAGGAAAUCAUUGAAAAAAGAAAGGCUAACGUUGCAAUAGGAAUCUUUGGUGAAAAAAAGCAAGAAACGUUAAUUGAAUUACAAGAUAAUAGGAGUCAGAAGCAAAUAUAUCAACAACAGCAACAGGAUGAAUUAAACUUAAGAAUGCUUGAAGAACAGGAGGCUAACAUUCGGCAACUUGAAAGCGAUAUAAGCAAUGUGAAUAAAAUAUUUAAAGAACUUGGAGCUAUUGUACACGAGCAAGGAGAAGUCGUAGAUUCUAUAGAAGCUUCGGUUGAAAGAACAGAAGUAUUUGUCAGCGAAGGCACGACACAACUUAGACAAGCAUCUAGUUAUAAAAAUAAAUUACGCAAAAAGAAAUGUAUUUUAAUAAUCAUUGCUGCAAUUAUUGUUUCUAUUCUAAUUGGAAUUAUUGUUUGGAAAAGUUCCUCUUAGAAUUUGUAAGUAAUUCAUUAGUUAUAUAAAAAUUUUGGAUCAUGUUUGCAAAUUUUAGUAUAAAAUAAAUAAAUCGCGGUUGCUUUAAUAGUUGGCAAACAGGUACAGGAUAAAACGAUGUGUGUGUAUAUUUAUGUGUUCGUGCGCACGUGUGCGUGUGUAUGUGUGCAACUGCGAAGAAGGUAAUAGAGGAUAGGAUUGUUAAUUUUCAAUCCUGUAAGGCUGCUUUGUUAAAGAUUCGAGAUAAUGUUUAUGUUAAGAACCUAUCUUUAGUUAAUCGAUGAAAAAUAAUUGAAACUGGUGUCCAUGGUUUGUAUGAUGCAUAUUUUGCCAUGAAUCAACGGAAAUGUUGAUAGUUUGUUUAACAUAAUUUUAAGAAU